UCUCUGUAUCAAGAGUCUGAAGACUGGACUGAGCAUCUUCGUGUUUUGAGGAUCCUGACUGAAAUGUUUUUGCCCCAUAUCAGCCUCACAGAUUUAGAACAAACUUUUUUCUCAAAAGUAUUACCUAAGACUCUACAGAUAUUUGAUAACUUGAUGUAUGAAUUAUCCAGUGAGGCCAAAGGAUUAACCAAACAGAAUACAGAGUUAUGCAGCACCAUAAGGAAUCUUCUACAGACUGUGGUGCAGCUGCUGGAAACUCUGACUGGCUGUGUCCGCUACAUCUGCUCACUGCAGGAGUGUGUGUCCCUGGAGAGCAUCCGCACCCUACCGUCCUCCGUGCUGUAUGUAAUAAAGAGCAGCUUCACACAUUGCAAGGACAGUGAAUCAGUGUACUGUGGGCACCUGCACUUGAUUUCAGACCUCCUUCAAGCUGUGUUCAAGGCAACUUACUCUCUUCAGAAGCAGUUGAUGGAAUUACUUGAUAACAUUUCCAUGGACUCUGCUUCUACUGAAGAUAACAUCACAGAUAUGGUCUCAGUAAUCCAUACUGUGCUGGAGAUCUCCUCUGUCAUUGCCAAUAUGGACCAUGCUCUUCAUGCCAAUACAUGGAAGUUCAUAAUCAAGCAAAGCCUGAAGCAUCAUUCUCUACUUCAGUGUCAUCUGAAACACAGUGACAUCCUCAGUGACCUCUGCAAGGACACUCUGUUUUCUUUUCACUCCUGUUUGCAACUGGCUGAGCAAAUGAAGAUGUCGCAGAGAGAGGAGGGCACUGACCUUAGGCUGUUCCAGAAGACAGUCAAGCUGUGCCGGUUCUUUGCUAAUUCCCUUGUACACUACACCAAGGAAUUUCUUUCUUUCUUCUCUGAUUCGUGUUCUCAGUUACAUCAGCUCUUUCUUCAGAUACACAGCAAAUUUCCUCCCAGUCUUUAUGCUCCAGAGAUCUCUGAAGUCCAUCGAGAUGAAAUAUCCCGGGUUUUUCUUGUGGCUCUGGACCCUCUCAUCAGCCAGCUCCUUCCUUCGAGCCCUUUAAUGGAGCAGGUGUUAAGUGAGAAGUUAGGUCUCCUUCCUGAGCAGCAGCUCCCCCAGUGUCUCCUCCUGAUUACCAUAAUGGACAAGCUGUCCUCUCAGCCUGAAGAUGUGCAAACUCUCUGGAUCACAGGAAAAAGCCAGUCCUUGUUUUCAGCUCUCUUCUUCAGUUUCCAGCACUGUUCUGCUGAGCUUUCUCUCCCUGUUUGUUUGCCAGAGGUGAUCAGUACAGGACAGGCAGCAGUUCCCAUCACUUUCUAUCACUAUGUCUGCAUCCACCUGUGUUCCUUCAUUGCUUCCAUGCUCCCAUCACACUUUCAUCAGCUGGAGUAUGCUCUGUUGGAUGCUGUGCUGGGUUCUAGUAUGAUCACAUCUCUACUAGCAAUGGACUCAUGGUGCUUCCUUGCCCGGUAUGGAACAUCUGAACUUUGUGCUCACCAUGUCACUGUCAUUGCCCACUUGGUAAAGUCUUGGCCCAGUGACUGUUACCAGGUCUCUGCCUUGGGUGUCCUGCUGAGGCGUAUGCUGUUCUUGAUGCCUCCAGAUCAUCAGGUAGAAUUUGCUCACCGGUUUCAUCCCCAAGAAGUGGAGAACUUGGCCGUGUGGCAGCACGUAUCCCUCAAGGCCCUGCAUCCCAGCCUGAGGAAACAAGUGGCUUGUCAGCUCUGUGUGGCUGGGCUCACACAAUGCCAGCGGUGGCUGAGCAGCAGCUGUGCUCUGGGAGAGCUCCAGCCUGUGAAUACUGCUCUUUCUGUCCUGCUGACUGCUUGCAGUUUUGCUGGUGACACCCUGGAGGCAGAACUUCAGGCAUCUGUCUUGAGAGUGCUUGGUCAGUUCUGGACUUUUCUCCAGGCUAAACAGGUCUCGGAGGAGCCAUGUCUCCAGCAGACACUGUGUUUAUUACUUCACCUGUCGGAAUUUUUCAUCCAAGCAUUAGAUGCUCAACUGAUCACUCAGGUGUUUGUGCUGCAGUCUUCCCUCUUCCAGCUGGAUCCACCCGAUCAUGUUCGUCUAGCGGUGGUGGAUUUUCUCUCUUCAAUGGGAAAGGUGUUUAUACCACAAGAAGCACAGAGGCAAGUUGUACCCCAGCUAUUGUGUUUGUUUGCUUCUCUGCUCACUGACCAGACCUGGCUGGUUCAGCAACAUGCACUGGAGGCAUUCACACGUUUUGCAGAGGAAACGAGCCAUGUAGAUGUUGUUCCUCAGUGCCUGAAUUCUGAAGAAGCUAAGAACAAGGUCGUUAGUUUCCUGGCUAAGAUGAGGCAAGUGGAAGAGCCAAGGGAAGCACGAACAGAACGCCUGAAGCAGGAAAGGAUUAUCUGCAGUGCACAGCUGAAAAUGGAUGGAGAACUGGAGUCCACAGGAGAGCCUCUGGCAAAAAGAGCAUGUCAUCCACCCUCUGAGGAGCAGUAUAAGGCAGCAGUAGGCACGAUGGAGAGAGCAGUGGAAGCCGUGAAGCUGCUGCUCCAGAAAGGUUCACCCCCUGCUUGGCUUGCAGUGAAACUGGAGGCUCUACAUACAGCUGUAGCCACCCUCAGAGACAGUGUACGGUAAGGUGCUCAGCAGGUCUGAGACAGUAACACAGCUCAGCUCCCUCUUGUGAGGGAUGAGAUGCCUUUGCACAUGACUGCUGGAGAAGAAAAAGCUGUGAUGCAGGACCAUGCUCUGCUGGGUCUUGGUUAAUGUGCAAAAAG